UAGGUUUUUGCGCCCUGCUAGGAGUACUGUAGUAGCCCUCGACCCAAAGCCGCCGCCAAAAAGGGUUCUCUUCUCACCAUCUCGGACGCUCGCCGGCCCAAUCUCAAGUAGGCUUUGCCGCAGAUGGCAGUCCCCGGCGAGCGCAACGGCCUCAUGGACGACGACGACGACAUCGCUGAGCACGCCGAAGCUUUCGGCGAUCCAUCCGACGACGAGGAGGUGCCUCCCCACCUCCGCAGCCUCGCCGGCGCCGCCCAGUCUGGCGACGUCGCCGCCCUCCUUGCCGCCCUUGAUAAUCAUGGUGGCAGCAUUGAUGUUCCAGUUGAAGAUGGUGAUACUUUGCUUCACCUUGCAUGCUUAUAUGGUCAUCUCCCUUGUGUGCAGCUACUGUUGGAACGUGGAGCUAGCUUGGAAUGCAAAGAUGAAGAAGGAGCUAUUCCUCUUCAUGAUGCUUGUGCUGGAGGCUUCACUGAGAUAGUGCAAUAUAUUCUCAACUUUGCUGCUAACAAGGAUGGCUGCACAGUGCGAAUGCUCAACACCGUUGAUUCUGAAGGCGACACACCACUCCAUCAUGCUGCUAGAGGGGAACAUUUGGAUGUUGUCAAGCUUUUGCUCGAGGCUGGGGCAUGUCCCAAGAAGAACUCUUAUGGGCAGACACCUGCUGAUAUGGCUGACCAAGGCACCGAAGUCCAAACCCUGUUGACUGCCAAGCAAAUUGAGGCAAGCACACACAUGAGUGAUGAUUAAAAGACCAGUGGUGUCCUUACUUGAAACUGGUACUAUGGACUAGUAGUCUCUUAAUAUAGUGCUGUCUACCAUCCAAACUUCAUCAAAACUGAAGUAAUAUUGUAGUCAGAAUUUUGUAGCGUGGAAGGAUUAGUUAUGAUCGAUGCUCCUUCUCCAUAUUGUUGCAAAAGAUAAAAUUGAGCACCUAUUUUAUUCAUGUCACGUCUUUGGUGUCUUCUAAG